AUGUCUACUGUAUUGGCCGUUCUCAUUGGUCUGUUAUGCAGCUACGUGGUCGCUAGUGAAUGGGAGGAUACCCCCAUGACGACUCAGAUCUGGCAACUCAUCUCGGCAGGUGAAGGAGGUGCGGACUCGUUCAGGGAGCUUGCUGUGACGAAUCCUGGCAUGAUGGAGCUGAGAUCAGGAGAUGGGCGUGGGGCUCUCUUUUGGGCGUGGGAAUUUGGCAAUACUAAGGCUCUAUUGACACUGGCUGCUCUCGAUAAUGAUGUAUUUGAUGAGAAGGAGAAGGACGCUGGGGGCCACACCGCGAUCGGGCUCUGCAAGGAAAAUGUUGAGGGGUGUGACUAUGAUAGUAUAGCUGAAGUUUUGAACGAUGCAGAUAAGGUUCAACAGGAGAAGGAACUCAUCACUGAAGUACGUCGUGCUAUUGAGAACGCGGCGGCUGACAACUUGGAUGAUGACGAUGACGAUGAUGAUGAGGAGGAACAGGAGAGGGAGGAGGAGGAAGAGGAGGAAGAGGAGGAAGAGGAGGAAGAGGAAGAAACUAACGUUGGCCUAGGCGGGUCUCCCAUAAUCAACUCGGACGUCGAUGAGAUCAUGCCUGAUGAUGCAGAUGAGCUGUAG